AUGACCUGUGACCCCACGGAUCGAGUUCAGGAUCUCCUGAACAAGGUCAAUGAUCCGAAACACAGGACGAAAAAAAUCUUCGUGGAAAUGGAUAUUUUGAAGAAAAGGUUUGAAGACUACGAAUGGAAAGAAAUUGCUAGGUGGGUGAAAUAUGAAGAGAAUGUAGAAGAAGGUGGUAAACGAUGGUCCAAACCUCACGUAGCUUCCCUAUCUAUGCACAGCAUUGUCGAAUUACGAAGAUUUAUCCAAGACAGCUGUAUGCUCUUAGACAUCGAAUGUUACACCAUUUCUCAAGUCAUAGAUUCAUUCUUAGACGCUUGGGUGACCGACGGCCAACUCGACCCACUUCUCCGACAACAUGUCCGCAAUAUGUGUUUAAAAACACAUCGACACAGUCACGAUAAAGGACGAAAAGGACGAUUAAGUCGACAGAAUACCAAUACUGAUUUGACCAGAGGAUUUUCGUCAUCCAGUGAUGCCGGCCAUGACAGUUCUGCCAGUCUCUCCAGUAUGGACACUGAAGCCCUUAAAAAGCACAAUGAAAAAUUCAUGAGGAAAAUCCCCAAAGGUGCCGAAGUUUGUAAUGUGAUGGUUGGUGAAAUAGACGAUCUGGAACAACGAGUUUGUGGUUUUAUGAGACUCAACGAUUCACGAGUUCUGGGAGAUAUAUGUGAAGUUCCUCUUCCAACAAGAUUCGUCUUCAUCCUUUUGGGACCAAUUGGUACCGCUGAUCAUCUUCAAGAAAUUGGUCGAGUUGUAGGAACAAUGAUGGUUGAUGAUAUCUUCCGAGAAGUUGCUUACAAAUGCCGAGACAAAGAAGAUCUAUUUGCCGGUAUGGAUGAAUUUAUUGAGCAAGUCACCGUGUUGCCCCCUGGUGAAUGGGAUCCUAAGAUCCGAAUUGAACCACCAGGAAGUGUACCAUCACAGGUAAUGAUAAAUCCAUUAGGUGCUAUCACUAACGUACCCCGCCCACCUCCAGAAGAAGAACAGGAAAGUCAUGCCGACCCUUCUUUAGUUUUAUCUGGAAGACCUUUUAAAGGUUUAAUUGAAGAUAUAAAGAGAAAGGCCCCGUGGUAUGUUAGUGAUUUUAAGGACGCUCUACAUAUCCAAUGUGUAGCUUCCUUCAUCUAUAUUUUCUUGGCCACGCUGACACCGAAUGUAACAUUUGGUGGUAUGUUGGGACAGGAGACCAAUCAGUAUAUGGGAGUAAUGGAAUGUAUUUUUGCUGCCGCCGUAACUGGUAUUAUCUUUGCUCUGUUUUCUGGACAACCCAUGAACAUCUUGGGCAGCACUGGUCCUAUGUUGGUACUGGAAAAAAUUAUUUAUAACUUUUGUGUCGAUCAAGGUUGGGAUUUUAUGCCCUUCCGUUGUUGGGUCGGUAUAUGGACUGGCGGCUUGCUGCUCAUCAUCGUUAUGUUUGAUCUGAGUGCCUUGGUCAAAUAUAUCACCCGAUUCACUGAGGAGAGCUUCGCCUGCCUUAUUGCCUUGAUCUUCAUCUACGAAGCCUUCUUGAAGUUGUUUAACAUUGCCACUAUUGACGCACCUGUUCAACUGCACCCAGACGAACCUAUCCCAAUGAACUGUAUGUGUAACAGCUCUAUGUACAUCUCCAACAUCACCGACCACUGGAACCAAACCAUGUGUAUGGACAUGAACGCCACAUGGAACUGCAUCCCAGAAAUGACCUACAUUCCUGACGCUUUUAUGUUCUCCGUUCUUCUGUAUUUUGGUACCUUUGGAAUCGCCAUCUUCCUCAUUGACUUUAAAACAUGGUCUUGCUUUCCCACUUGGGUUCGUCAAUUAUUGAGUGAUUUUGGUGUAUUGAUUGCUAUCGUGUCAAUGGUUGGAGUCGAUAUCGCAUGUGGCCUCCCUACACCCAAACUUUUGGUCCCCGAAGAAUUCAAGCCAACUCGAUCUGAUAGAGGAUGGUUCAUCAAUCCAUUGAGUGCUACCAACCCCUGGUGGACUGCUCUCGCUGCCGGUCUCCCAGCUAUCUUAGCCACUAUCUUAGUCUUCAUGGAUCAACAAAUUACUGCUGUUAUCGUCAACAGAAAGGAAAACAAACUUAAGAAAGGAAAGGGUUACCAUUUAGAUUUGAUGGUUUUAACUAUUCUUAUUGUGGCCAGUUCUCUUCUUGGUCUGCCCUGGUAUGUUGCUGCCACUGUGUCCGCCAUUGCUCACGUUCAGAGUUUGAAGAAAGAAUCUGAAUCCACAGCUCCCGGUGAAAAACCAACUUUCCUUGGUGUCAGGGAACAAAGAGUAACAGCUCUGUUAGUUGGUAUUCUGUCCGGAGCUGCCGUUUUCAUCACCAACGUCUUGAAGGUUAUCCCUAUGCCUGUCUUAUAUGGUGUCUUCUUUUACAUGGGUUUCUCUGCUCUUAGAGGCAUGCAGUUUAUCGACAGAAUCUUAUUAUUCUUGAUGCCCGUCAAAUAUCAACCAGAUCACAAAUACCUUCGACAUGUCCCAUUAUGGAGAGUUCAUGUGUUUACCUUAAUUCAAACUACCUGUCUUAUUGCCCUGUGGGUUGUAAAAUCUAUUAAAGUCAUCUCUAUCGGUUUCCCAUUAUUGGUUGUGUUUACUGGUGUAGUCAGAAAGAUCAUGGAAUGUUUCUUCUCUCAAUAUGAGCUGAAAUAUCUAGAUGAUAUUUUACCAGGCAAAGAUAAGAAGAGUGGUGAUAAGGUAUAUUUCUAG